ACGUCUGCCUGGGUGUCCGGGGGCUGCCAGGGAGCUCUGCCCUGUCCCUCUCCCCUCCUGUAGCUCACAGGGACCCCCCCCAGGCCGGGCCAGGGCUCUGCCCCACCGCAGCCCUCGCCCCCCACAGCCAUGGGGAAGCAGAACAGCAAACUGCGCCCUGAGAUGCUCCAGGACCUGCGGGAAAACACCGAGUUCUCCGACCUGGAGCUGCAGGGCUGGUACAAGGGCUUCCUGAAGGACUGUCCCUCUGGCAUCCUCAACGUGGAGGAGUUCAAGAAGAUCUACGCCAACUUCUUCCCCUACGGAGACGCCUCCAAGUUCGCUGAGCACGUUUUCCGCACCUUCGACACCAACGGCGACGGGACCAUCGACUUCAGGGAGUUCAUCAUCGCCCUGAGCGUCACCUCCCGCGGGAAGCUGGAGCAGAAGCUGAUGUGGGCCUUCAGUAUGUACGACCUGGAUGGCAACGCCUACAUCAGCCGGGAGGAGAUGCUGGAGAUCGUGCAGGCCAUCUACAAGAUGGUCUCCUCCGUGAUGAACAUGCCUGAAGAUGAGUCGACUCCGGAGAAAAGAACAGAAAAAAUCUUCCGACAGAUGGAUACUAAUAAUGAUGGCAAGCUCUCACUGGAGGAGUUCAUCAUCGGGGCCAAGAGUGACCCGUCCAUCGUGCGCCUGCUGCAGUGUGACCCGAGCGGCGCCGCACAGCUCUGAGCCCCACGGGUCCCCCACAGCCCCCC